AUGUCCCCAAUCUCCGCGCGCGGCAUCGCCGGAAGUUCCGCCAGUGGGGGCGCUACUAGUGGCGCGGAGCCCGGCGGAGGCGCGGAGGACUGCGGGGGCGGGCACGCGAUUCUGGAGCUGAAGCUAGCGCAGACGGGCGAGGGGAUUGCGGAGUGCGAGUUGCUGCAGUGGUUUGUGGAAGAGGGCGAGGAGGUGCGCGCGUUCCAGCGCGUGUGCCAGGUGCAGAGCGACAAGGCGACGGUGGACAUCACGAGCCGCUUCCACGGCCGCAUCCUGCGCACGCACUUCAUGCCGGGCGACGUCGUUAAGGUUGGGGAGACGUUAGCGGACAUCCUUCCUCCCGGCACGUCAUCAGAGCCACAAUCAUCGUCAGCCUCCUCCACCUCUUCCGCUUCCGCCACGUCGCCGUCUCACUCCGAUCAAAGCCACGAAGUGCUGGCAGUGCCAGCGGUGCGCCACCUGGCGAGGACGCACGGGAUCAACCUGGCUGACGUGGAGGGCACGGGCCGGGACGGGCGCGUGACUAAAGAGGAUGUGCUUGCAUACGUGCAGUCACGGCAAGGCGUGGAGGAGGAGAUGAGGAUGGAAGAACAUGUGCUGGAAGGACCAGAACCGGCCAUGGCUGAACCAGGGGGGCUAGGAGCAGCAGCAGGAGGAGGAGGAGGAGGAGGAGGAGGAGGAGGAGGAGGAGGAGGAGGAGGAGGAGGAGGAGGAGGAGGAGGAAAGGGAGGAGUGCUGGUUGGAGAGGGGGUGGAGGCUGGGGCAGGAGAGGCGGUGGGGCGGAUGGGUGUUGCUGCUGUUGCUGUUGGUGCGCAAGGAGAGGGUGUGGGCGCGGGUGCGGGUGCGAGAGCACGCGUUGAAGACUCUAACGACAUCCUGCUGCCAAUGCGAGGGUACCGGAGGGCCAUGGCGAGGGCAAUGGCAGCAGCGCUGGCAGUGCCGCACUUCACCUUCAUGGAUGAGGUCGCCAUGGAUGCUGCUCUCUCCCUGCGCUCCCAGCUCAACUCCGCCUCCUCCUCUGCUGCUGCCUCUGCCGCUGCUGCUGCUGCUGCCAGUGCCGGUGGUGGUGGUUCUGCUGCUAAGCGUGCUGCAGCUGACAAGGCAGGAGGAGCGGCGGCAGUGCGGUUGACGCAUCUGCCGAUUCUGGUGAAGGCUCUAUCGGUAGCGCUGCACGACUACCCCACGCUCAACAGCACUCUUGAUGAUGCCUCCUUUAACCACCUGCGCUGCAAACGGUCGCACAACAUUGGCAUUGCCAUGGCAACGCCAUCAGGCCUCGUGGUUCCCAAUGUCAAGAACUGCCAGAGCAAGUCCAUUCCCCAGAUCGCAGAGGACAUUGCCCGUCUGCGCCGCCUGGCGCUGCUGAACCAGCUGCCCAAUGAGGACGUGACAGGUGGCACCAUUUCCAUCUCCAACAUCGGCAGCAUCGGCGGCACAUACGCCACGCCCCUGGUGCAUCUGCCAGAGGUGGCUAUCGUGGCUCUGGGCCGCGUGCACACCGUGCCUCGCUUCGAUGCCUGUGGGAACGUUGUGCCAGUGGCUCUUAUGAAUGUGAGCUGGUCAGCGGACCACCGGGUCAUCGAUGGCGCCACGCUGGCAGCCUUCUCCUCGCACUGGAAAUCCUUUAUAGAGUGCCCCACCAACCUGCUUCUGCAUCUGAUGUAG